CUAGUCACCGCCUACUGGCCACUGGGUUCCAAAUAACGAGAGAAAAGGACGAAGUUUUCUGGAUAUUUCAUAACAAAGAUUCCAGAAUGGGGUAUUCCUCCACACCGACGUUGUCGUGGACAUUCUGUGUGACGGUAUGUUUCUGUGUAUUGACCAACACAGACGGGAUGAGUGUCUGGCGUAGCAGGUCAGACGCAUUGACUAACGGGAAACAUGGCUCAUUCUGCUUCCGGCACAUCUGUGAGUGUUCGGGGCCAUUGGCUAACUGUGGGUUUGGUCACCUGACUUUUAUUCCAAGCUUGUGGGACAACAUUACUCAGCUGAACUUCACAGACAACAGCUUGCAUCGGAUAUCGAGGGCUACGUUCGCCAACAUCACACAUUUGAAACUGGAUUUCCUGUCUCUUGCGUGGAACAAAAUAAGGAACAUUUCUGAUGACGCUUUAUCUGUACUGGUUGAGCUUAAACACUUGGACCUCACCGGAAAUGAUCUUCUUACCACGACAGAUCUAGCGACGGCUUUUCAUGGUCUCGAUAAUACACCUCUCCAAAGUCUGACAUUACGUGCUAUGAAGUUGAAGCAUAUACCAGUGGACAUGUUUCAUGGGAUGAGGAAUAACACACUCAAAUAUCUUGUCCUAGAGAGAAACCAUCUACAGGAAUAUAACCAAGAACCGUUUUCAGUACUCAGGAAUAUACGUGUUAUAGAAUUAGGGGGUAACAACAUACGGUCAUUGAAGUGGGGCCAUUCUCCCCAUCUGAGCAGUCUAUCGCUUCCUGGCAACAGAAUCACAGAGGUUCCAUCCUUCUGUGGUUUCAACUCAAGCUUUUAUCCCAUGUUAAAGAGACUUGCUCUAGAACACAACCUUUUAACGGACAUGAGGCCACACAUGUUCAGAUGUUUACCACACAUCAACGUUUUGGGACUCAAUGAUAACCCUAUAGAAGGGAUUGAAACUAACACCUUUUCAGAAUUAUCCACACUCAAAACUAUCUUUCUACAAAAUCUUAAAGGAUCAACAUUUUUCAUCAAGAAUUAUGCGUUCAAUAAUAGUAACAUCCAACGCAUCAGUAUGAAAGGUACUCGGAUUGUAUACCGCUAA